UUCAGUAUUACUUUCUGACCUUUCAGUAAAUUAUUUUCCCUCCAAAUUUGAUCAAUUUAACUGCUAAUUGUUGUCCAUUUUUGCAAUUUGUCUUUGAAAAUCUAAUGAAUCUGUUGGGUUAAUCAACAUCCUCCCAAUGGUAAAUGUAUUUAAAUGGGAUAAUGUUACUAUUAAAUUGUAUACACUGAUUAUUUCCACCCUGAUUUAUGGAUUAAUCGAGUUAAUUGUCGGCUGGAUCUACAGUUCGGUAACCCUGCAAGCCGAUGGUUAUCACAUGCUAGCCGAUUUAGCUGCUCUGAUCGUCGCUUUGAUUGGACAUAUCUUCGCGUCUCGAUCUUGGUCUAAAUCGACCUUUGGUUGGGCUCGAAGUGAAAUUCUUGGUGCUCUAAUUAAUUCACUUCUAUUGUUCACCUUGGCCGGUGAAAUUUUGUCCGAUUCAAUCAAUGCGAUCAACGAAUCAGUCAAAAUAACGGAAGUCAAGUUAGUUCUAAUUGUUGGAUCAGGAGGAUUUAUAUUCAAUCUAUUUGGAUUUUGUUUACUCUAUGAUCUCAAUCCACUAAAGUUAAUCAUUGGACAUUUUUCUAAAUCGAAAGUGUCCAAAAAAGAUCGAAAAUCAAUCUCCAAAUCGACUGAAAUGAACCUGAGAGGAGCAGCUCUUCAUUUGUUGGCUGAUCUUUUCUCAUCUCUUUUGGUUAUCAUCUCAACUGUAAUUAAUUUAACUCUAAAUUAUGAUUGGAUUAUCUUUAUUGAUCCAGUGUUGAGCUUUGUACCCGCUCUAAUUUUAUUAACAUCGGCUUGGCGAUUACUUCGAGAAUCAAUUCUAAUCUUACUGGAAACUGUUCCCUCACAUAUUAAAGUGGAAACAAUUAAAAAGUGUAUCAUUAAUCUUCCUCUGGUUGAAUCGGUUCACGAAUUUCACCUUUGGAGAUUAUCGGGCGAUGUAUCGAUUGCCAGUCUACAUUGUAUCUUUUCAACACCCGCUGAUUAUAUCGCAUCAAUCAGGGAAAUCAAGCAUAUCCUUUGCGAUGCUGGUGUUCAUUCAACGACAAUCCAACCCGAAUUCUUGUCCCAACCAUUUACUAUUGACACUGGACCGUCAGAAUCAUCAACUAAUUAUGUUAAAUAUUGUCAAGCAACUUCACAGUCUUGUGAAGGUCAAACAUGUUGUUCAACUUGACCAUCAGAAUAACAAUCAAGAUAAUCACUGGAAAUCUCUUGGUAACAUCUAAUUGUAACAAGAUCAAUCUAAAUGGUCACUCAACGGAAAACCUUUCAUUUAGAAAUUAUUAUUAUCAAAGAGAUAUAAUGUUUUCGACUUCCAAUUAAUGUCAUUUUACUCUUUCUUUGGUCAUUAAUGUAUUUCAGACACUUAAUUGAAUAUCUCUGGACUUUUUAUCCCUCUCAUCAUCAUCAUCAUCAUCUACAAUGAAGUUAAUGAAGCAUCAAUACCCAUGGACUUUAAUGUUUCCAGUUGACCAUGUCCAAGAAUUAGGAUGAAACUAAAAGAGUAAAAAUUGUUACUACUUUUUAGAAGUUAAUUAACAAAAUAAUCCAGUACAAUUAUGAAUGAAAACACUCAUUAUAUUAUUACCAUAGGAAAAAAAUUCUAUUCCUCUGUUACUAAAUUAAUUACCUCAAUUCUCAUGUAAAUUCAUUAGUUUUUUUCCCUCCAUGUUAUUAAUAUCAUUUUGUUACCUUCUUUCACUAUGAAUAUGAGGUUUAUCCAAGUGACAUUAAUAUUAUUACAUAGAUAUUCAUUGUUCAUUGAUACUCAUUUACGUUAUUAAUCAUUAGAACUUUUUUCUCUUCCUAGUUGGUUCUCCCUCUUCCAGUCCAUAGACAAUCAAAAUUAUCGAUUAAAUCAAGUAAAAGCAAUUCUCUAUUCCUAUGGACCGACUCUUGAGGUGGCAGCACCAAAGAGUGAAUGUCAUGCUCAUGGAAUUGAAUCUUUUCCUAUGGAUUUUGUUGGAAGAAGAAGAAGAAAGAAAGAGGAUGAAAAUAGAAGAUGAUGAUAGAGAAAGACUGAAAUUCUAUUCUCUCUCUCUCUCUCUCUCUCAAUAUUUAGGAUGAGAAAAGGUUUUUCUACCAAUAUUCAUCUUACUCUCUAUGUAUAUUCUAGAAGAGGAAGAGAAAAAAACUCGAAGCAAGUUUCAAAUCUAAACCAAAACAUGGUUACAAUUUGUAUCAUUACACUUUGAUUGUUUAUCCUUUUUGUGCUCCAUUGUGACAAUUAUCUUAAUCAUCUAUUAUCUAAUCAUAAUCUUUACCAUCAACAACAUUCUAGAUCAAUUAGAUUCCCAAAUCAAUUGUUUAUCUUUAAACCCGGAACAUAAAUAUCAACAUCAUUUACUUAGUGUUUCUGAUCAUUGAAAACCAAUAACAAUUAACAUUGAACCAUUUUUUGUUUAUCACCCAAAAGGACAUUCUCAAAGGAAAUUAAAUAAUGUCCAGCUAAUGAUUGAAUUUAAGUGAAUUUAUUAUCAACAAUUAAACGUUUUACAGAUAAUUGUAAUGAUCAAAGUCAAUUGUCUUUGUGGAUUUUACUCAAACUAAACCAAUAAUGACUGAUAAUCAAUUGGAAUCAAGGGAAACAAUAACAUUAUUUCAAUUGAUUGGAAAAAAUUUCCAAUCAAUCUUGAAAUAUUUUCACUAAAAAGUUAAAUUGUCAACAAGAUUAAUCAGAAUCCAACAAUUAUCAUCAUCAUAAUAUAAAUGAAUAUUAUUGAUCGAUAUUUAAAAAUCAAAUCAACUCUAAAAAUCCUCAUAAAUCCAAUCAAUAAGAUAACUGUUUAACCUUAAAGAAAAAAACUCAUCCAUUAAUUAAUCGAAAUUAUCAUCAUUAGUUUCAAUUGUCAUUACCAGAAACCCAAAAAAUAUAACUACAAUCAACUAAAUGUUUCGUUUUAGUUGACAAUUCAAAUCGCUAGUCCAUCAUCGUAGGUCGAGUGUAUGUCCAACUCAAUCAUCUAGAAUCUUGAAAAUCUCCACCACCAAAUGACUCGACCGUUAAUUAAAUCAUCAUCAUCCAAAUCAACGUCCAAUGGUGGCAGUGAUUACUUACGAUAUCAUCGUCAUCACCAUGUAACCAUUGACGGAACCACCGAUGCCCACGGUGGGUUAUAUUAUCAUCACCUUCCCAGUGACUCGUUUCGUUUGGGUAAAAUAAUAUUACCACUUUUGAUGUUUUCUGUUUUACUUUACCUGAUUCCCUACAUAAGAAUUGAUAAAAGUCCUUAUGAUCCAAAUGGUAUAACCAACGAUCAACUAAUUACACUGAAACUUUCACGAUCCAAUCAAUCCAAUGAGAAUGCUGGACAAUCACAAUUAAAAGGACAAUUAACCCAAUCGUGUACAAUUAAUCAACCAAUUAGCAAUAUAUUUUUCCUCAAGACACAUAAAUGUGCAUCUUCAGCAAUCCAACGGAUCUUCUUAAAAUAUGGUUACCUUAAUCAUAAGCUAUUCGCUUUCCCGCCGAGCGGCAAUUACCUUGGACACCCUGAACCCUUUGACCGAAACCUAUUACCUGAAGGUUUCCAUGGUUCAUACAAUAUCUUUGCAAUUCACACUCGAUUCAAUUUGGGUGAAAUAUCCGCCGUUAUGCCUUCCAACACCCUUUACAUAACCAUACUACGAAAUCCGUUGGCCCUUUACGAGUCCAUGUUCGGCUACUGGAACUUGACCAAAUUUUACCAUUUACCGAAAAACUUUCUCGACCUUCAUGUUCCCAUUCAUAAGCUUCAAAAUUCCCGUUGGAUUAAUAAGAUUGGUGCCAAUCAAAUGUUUUUCGACCUCGGUUAUGAUCCAACCAAAUUAACUGAUCAACUAAUUGAUGACAUUUUACCCAAAUUAGAUCAAAUAUUUGAUUUAGUUAUGAUUUCGGAAAAGUUUGAUGAAUCACUUAUACUCCUUAAGGAUAAACUUUGCUGGUCAUUUGAUGAUAUAAUUACAUUUAAGAUCAAUGCUAGACCUCAACGGAAAAGAUUAUCACAAUUAGCCGAGGAUCGGAUUAAGAUAAUUAACUGGGCUGAUGUUAAAUUGUAUUCAUAUUUUGUUAAAAUUUUCGAUCGUAAAGUGAAAGCUUAUGGAACUGAGAGAAUGGCCUCCGAUUUGGUUAAGCUUCGAACUCGAGAGGCAACUUGGUAUUCGGAGUGUGUUUAUAAUGAAACAAUCUCUUGGGGUAAAUCAACUUCGUCCGUUGUACAUUUCAUUAAUCGAAAACCAAGCAAUUUAACUUGCGUCUUGUUAACUACCAGUGAAUUGGAGGUAAUUAAUUUUCUCCGUAGAAAACAACGGAAAAUUUAUCCAGGAUCGAUAAAGUUCUGGUAAAUCAGUUAAUAAGAGAAGCAGUUGAAACUAUUCUUGUGUGUGUAUGUGUAUAUUAUCAUGAACAUUCGAGAAAAGAAUCGAAAUCGAAGCCGUUCCAAUCGAAGAUCGACCUGAAAAUCGAUGACGAAAAUUGAAGUUGAUAAGAAGAAAAAAUCUACUGCUAAUUGUCACAAUUUUUUAUAUGUUAUGAACCAAAGAAAAGUUAAUCAUGAUCAAUGAAUUAACUGAAAUAGUCUCAAGGAAACUAAUCAUCAUCAACAUAAUCAUCUCGUCGUAAAUGGGGUUGCCAACUCAUUGCCAUAUCUUUUGCAUCCAAGUCAAAGGAGAGACAAUUAAUUUAUUAUAAUAACAAUUAAGAAAUUAAUAUUAUCAUCAAAAUACGCCCUGUCUACCACUGAGAAUUACCAUGAUCUCAUGAUCACAAUUAAAGUAACAAUCAAGGAGAUAGACGACAAUAUGCAAAAGGAAGUUUUUUUUUCUUCCAUUCUCAACAUUUUCCUUGGACUUAAAUAUGACUGGCGUUAUUUUUAUUUCUCUCACUCUGAGAUCUAAUUGUUAAUCCAAUUAAUUUGUUACUAAUUUAAAAUUAUAGCUCAUCUUCUUAAUCAUCAUCAUGGUCUAGAUUAAUCAUCUUAUUCCCUCCUGAUAAACAGCUCGAGAAUCUCUUGUCCAAAGAUUUUUGGAUUAAGAUCAUCAUCUCAAUAGUAAUAAUAAUAAUCACCAUCAUCUAUUCAAGGUUAAUAUUAGAUUAAGAAACAAAGCUUAAUCACCAGCAAUUAUCUUUUUCCCUUUAUGUCAAUUAACUAAUCGAUAACUAUGAUUAACCCUUUGACAACCAAAUGAUUUUUGUCCCUUCAUAAUUUCACUGAUUUAAGUUAUAACCAUUUCAAUUCAGAUUUAACUUGAAAUUUCAUCUGCAAGUCCAUCCAAUUAACUAAUAAUAAUAUUGAAUCAAUAUUAAUAAUCCUUAAUCCUUGAGGAUCAAAUUUACAAGAAAAAAAAUGAACUAAUUGUUAAUCUGAAGACGGAUGAGUGCCUUUGUUAAUUAAUUUGUCUCAUGAAUCUCACCUUUUUUGCUACAAGUUAAUUAAUAGUAAAAAUAAAAUACUUAUCAUGUUAAUUAUCAAAUAUUGUAACUGUAAAUCUCAUGAUAAUAAUGAUAAUUAAACAGAAAUCACAACAACAACAAUUUUAGUAUCAAAAUUUAUUCCA